AUGCUUGGUAAAGCUAUAAAAGUUAUUCAAAAUCUUGAAUUAGGAUUAUAUGUUGCUACUAUAAGUGGUUUAAACUCUGCAUAUUCUGCUCUUACUGUUAUUAAAGAAUUAAACAUUGAUGGUUGUUCAGUUACUUGGGAAAAAAAGAUAUUUGGAAUAGUUGCAGAUUGCAAUUUAGGAACUGAAAACAUGAGGCAUUGUGGGCCUUUUUUAUCAAGCCACAAAAUAAAUAUGGUUGAGUGUUGUAAGGUUAAAACUUUUAGUUUAACAUCAUCAAAAAAUCAUGGUGGUUAUAUUAGUAAUACUGUUGGUGAAUCAUUUAAAAUCGUACCAUUCCAAAAAAACAAAUUACAAAAACAAGAAAUGAUAGUCAGUUUGAUGGUAAAAAAACAUGAAAUUGCUGAUACACAAAUUAUUGAAUUGAAUGAUGGAAAUGUGAUAAAAAAGAAUAUACCUUUAAAUUUGGCUGUCAUAUUUGAUAGGUAA